GGUUGAGUCAAGAUGGCGGCCAAGGUGGCGAAGCAGCAGCAGCGCCGGCGGCGGCGGCGGCUGGCGUGAGCUCCCGGCUCGGCCGGGCCGAGCGAGCUCCGGACCGGGGACGCGCGCCCGGGCCGCGUCCUGCUCCUCGGGCCGGGGAGCGCGCCGGCUCCCGCGCUCCGCCAGCUCCCGGUGGUUUCCUAGAAACAUGAUUGUUUAUUGGACUUGAUCUCACGGCCCAGUGAGGACUUCUUUACUGAUAAUGUCAAGUUCAGGCUAUCCUCCCAACCAAGGAGCAUUCAGCACAGAGCAGAGCCGCUACCCUCCCCACUCCGUCCAGUACACCUUUCCCAGCACCCGUCACCAGCAGGAAUUCGCAGUCCCCGAUUAUCGUUCUUCUCAUCUCGAAGUCAGCCAGGCAUCCCAGCUCUUGCAGCAGCAGCAGCAGCUGCGCAGACGACCUUCCUUGCUUUCAGAAUUUCACCCAGGUUCUGACAGGCCUCAGGAGAGGAGAAGUGGAUAUGAGCAGUUCCAUCCAGGCCCGUCCCCGGUGGACCACGAGUCCCUGGAGUCAAAGCGGCCUCGCCUGGAGCAGGUUUCCGACUCCCACUUCCAGCGGGUCAGCGCCGUCCUGCCGCUGGUGCACACGCUGCCCGAGGGCCUGAGGGCUUCUGCAGAGGCGAAGAAGGACCCAGCAUUUGGAGGCAAACAUGAAACGCCAUCCUCUCCAAUCUCUGGGCAGGCAUGCGGUGAUGAUCAAAAUGCUUCGCCUUCAAAACUUUCAAAGGAAGAGCUAAUACAGAGUAUGGAUCGUGUAGAUCGAGAAAUUGCAAAAGUAGAACAACAGAUCCUUAAAUUGAAAAAGAAACAACAACAGCUUGAAGAAGAAGCAGCGAAACCUCCUGAGCCGGAGAAGCCUGUGUCCCCUCCUCCUGUCGAGCAGAAACACCGCAGUAUUGUCCAAAUAAUUUAUGAUGAGAAUCGGAAAAAAGCAGAAGAAGCCCAUAAAAUUUUUGAAGGCCUUGGCCCAAAAGUUGAACUGCCACUCUAUAACCAGCCAUCAGAUACCAAGGUGUACCAUGAGAACAUAAAGACUGGCGUACCUGCAAGGCGCAUGAUGAAAAACCAGGUGAUGAGGAAAAAACUCAUUUUAUUUUUUAAAAGAAGAAAUCAUGCAAGAAAACAAAGGGAGCAAAAAAUCUGCCAACGUUAUGAUCAGCUCAUGGAGGCAUGGGAGAAAAAGGUGGACAGAAUAGAAAAUAAUCCUCGGAGAAAAGCUAAAGAAAGCAAAACAAGGGAGUACUAUGAAAAGCAGUUCCCAGAGAUUCGAAAACAAAGAGAACAGCAAGAGAGAUUUCAGCGAGUUGGGCAGAGGGGAGCUGGCCUUUCAGCCACCAUCGCCAGGAGUGAGCAUGAGAUAUCGGAAAUUAUUGAUGGGCUUUCCGAGCAGGAGAAUAAUGAGAAACAAAUGCGGCAGCUCUCUGUGAUCCCACCUAUGAUGUUUGAUGCAGAACAAAGACGGGUCAAGUUCAUUAACAUGAAUGGGCUUAUGGAGGACCCCAUGAAGGUCUAUAAAGACAGACAGUUUAUGAAUGUUUGGACUGACCACGAGAAGGAGAUCUUUAAAGACAAGUUUAUCCAGCAUCCAAAAAACUUCGGACUAAUUGCAUCCUACUUGGAAAGGAAGAGUGUUCCUGAUUGUGUUUUAUAUUACUACUUAACCAAGAAAAAUGAGAAUUAUAAAGCCCUAGUAAGACGAAAUUAUGGAAAACGAAGAGGGAGAAACCAGCAGCAAAUUGCCCGACCCUCACAAGAAGAAAAAAUUGAAGAAAAAGAAGAGGAUAAAGCAGAAAAAACAGAAAAAAAAGAAGAGGAAAAGAAAGACGAAGAAGAAAAAGAUGAGAAGGAGGACUCUAAAGAAAAUACCAAGGAAAAGGACAAGAUGGAAGGUGCAGCUGAGGAAGCUGAGGAGCGGGAGCAGGCCACCCCACGGGGCCGAAAGACAGCCAACAGCCAAGGCCGCCGCAAGGGCCGCAUCACCAGGUCCAUGACCAGCGAGGCGGCCGCCAGUGCUGCCGCCGCGGCCGCCACCGAGGAGCCCCCGCCGCCUCUGCCCCCGCCCCCAGAGCCUGUUUCUGCAGAGCCUGUGGAAACCUCUCGAUGGACAGAAGAAGAAAUGGAAGUUGCUAAAAAAGGUCUAGUAGAACAUGGUCGUAACUGGGCAGCAAUUGCCAAAAUGGUGGGAACUAAAAGUGAAGCCCAGUGUAAAAACUUCUACUUUAACUAUAAAAGGCGGCACAAUCUUGACAACCUCCUGCAGCAGCAUAAACAGAAAACUUCACGAAAGCCUCGCGAAGAGCGCGAUGUGUCUCAGUGCGAAAGCGUAGCAUCCACUGUUUCUGCUCAAGAGGAUGAAGAUAUUGAAGCCUCCAAUGAAGAAGAAAAUCCAGAAGACAGUGAAGGUGCUGAAAAUAGUUCUGAUACAGAAAGUGCUCCUUCUCCUUCACCAGUUGAAGCUGUCAAGCCCAGUGAAGACAGCACUGAAAAUGCCGCUUCUCGAGGAAACGCUGACCCUGUGGCUGAACUUGAAUCCACCACAGAAACUGUGCCCAGCUCGUCUCCUGCCUCAGCAGUCCCAAGUUCCAAACCAGCUGAAAGUGACAGCGUGGAGACCUCGGCCCAGGACAGGAUCCGGGCCGAACCUGCUGAGCCCAUGGAGCUGGAGCAGCCCAAACACAGAGCUGACGCCAGCUCUGGCCUCGACCUCCCGGCAGCCCCCAGAGCAGACGCUGCAGGUGCUGAAGCAAGGGUCCCAGAAAACAGCACAGCUCAAGUGGAAGAUGAUGCCAAAGAACGAGACUUGGAGAGAGCCAGUGAGAAGACAGAGCCCAGAGACGAAGAUCUGGUUGUGACUCCACACGUGAAUGCGCAGAGGCCUGAGCCGCAGUCGGACAAUGACUCCAGUGCCACAUGCAGCGCCGACGAGGAGGUGGACGGGGAGCCCGAGAGGCAGAGAAUGUUUUCUAUGGACUCAAAGCCUUCAUUGUUAAACCCCACUGGCUCUAUACUGGUCUCGUCCCCAAUAAAGCCAAAUCCGUUGGACUUGCAGCAACUUCAGCAUCGAGCUGCUGUUAUCCCACCAAUGGUUUCCUGCCCCCCAUGUAGCAUGCCCAUCGGCACCCCCGUGAGUGGCUACGCGCUCUACCAGCGGCACAUCAAGGCCAUGCACGAGUCCGCACUCCUGGAGGAGCAGCGGCAGAGGCAGGAGCAGAUCGACUUGGAUUGCAGGAGCUCGGCGAGUCCCUGCGGCCCCUGCAGGAGCCCCGGCAGGGAGUGGGAAGUCCUCCAGCCUGCUCCACACCAAGUGAUAACUAACCUCCCUGAAGGGGUCCGGCUUCCAACAACGCGGCCAACCAGGCCACCUCCUCCGCUCAUCCCAUCGUCCAAAACCACAGCGGCCUCAGAAAAGCCAUCUUUCAUCAUGGGAGGCUCCAUCUCACAGGGAACACCCGGCACUUACUUGACCUCUCAUAGUCAGGCUUCCUAUCCUCCAGAGCCAGCCAAGCCCUCCGUGGGCUCCAUCUCCCUCGGCCUGCCCCGGCAGCAGGAGGCCACCAAGCCAGCCACUGUGCCCUACAUCAAGCAGGAGGAGUCUUCACCACGGGGCCACAGCUCGCAGCCCGAGGGGUUGCUGGUGAGGGCCCAGCACGAAGGCGUGGUUAGAGGUACCGCAGGAGCCAUCCAAGAAGGAAGUAUAACGCGGGGAACUCCCACCAGCAAGAUCUCAGUGGAAGGCCUCCCUUCCCUCCGGGGCUCCAUCACACAGGGCACCCCAGCUCUGUCCCAGGCUGGCAUUCCCACGGAGGCGCUGGUGAAAGGGUCCAUCUCUAGAAUGCCUGUCGACGAGAGCAGCCCUGAGAAAGGCAGGGAGGAAGCUGCGGCCAAAGGCCACGUCAUCUACGAAGGCAAGAGUGGACACAUACUGUCGUACGACAAUAUUAAGAAUGCCCGAGAAGGGACCAGGAGUCCAAGAACUGCUCACGAAAUUGGUUUAAAAAGAAGCUACGAGUCAGUGGAAGGAAAUCUAAAGCAGGGGGUGUCCAUGAGGGAGUCCCCUGUGUCAGCACCGCUGGAAGGGCUGAUCUGCCGAGCGCUGCCCCGGGGGAGCCCCCAUCCUGACCUCAAGGAGAGGACUGUGCUGUCCGGCUCCAUAAUGCAGGGCACUCCAAGAGCAACAACUGAAAGCUUCGAGGAUGGCCUUAAAUAUCCCAAACAGAUUAAACGGGAGAGCCCCCCCGCCCGAGCAUUUGAAGGUGCCAUUACCAAAGGAAAACCAUACGAUGGCGUUACCACCAUCAAAGAAAUGGGCCGCUCCAUUCACGAAAUUCCACGGCAAGAUGUUUUAACUCAGGAAAGCCGGAAAACUCCAGAAGUGGUUCAGAGCACGAGGCCCAUAAUUGAGGGUUCCAUCUCUCAGGGCACACCAGUAAAGUUUGACAGCACCUUGGGUCAGUCCGCCAUCAAACACAACGUCAAGUCCCUCCUCACGGGGCCUGGCAAACUGCCCCGUGGAAUGUCUCCGCUGGAGAGUGUGCCAGAGAACAUAAAAGUGGUGGAACGGGGCAAGUACGAGGACAUGAAGGCAGGCGAGCCGGUGCGUCCCCGGCACACAUCGGUGGUGAGCUCAGGCCCCUCUGUCCUGAGGUCAGCCCUUCACGAGGCUCCCAAAGCCCAGCUGAGCCCGGGGGUGUAUGAGGACCCCGGCGCCCGACGGACCCCCGUGAGUUACCAGAACUCCCUGUCCAGAGGCUCGCCCAUGAUGAGCAGGACUUCCGAUGUAACAGUUUCUUCUAGCAAGUCCACCAACCAUGAGAGAAAAUCAACUCUGACCCCCACCCAAAGGGAAAGUCUCCCCGCGAAGUCUCCCGUCCCCGGGGUGGACCCCGUGGGGAGCCACGGCCCCUUCGACCCCCACCCCAGGGGCAGUGCUGCGGGGGAGGUGUACCGGAGCCACCUGCCCACACACCUGGAGCCCACGGUGCCGUUCCACAGGGCGCUGGAUCCCGCAGCUGCUUACCUGUUUCAGAGACAGCUUUCACCAACUCCAGGCUAUCCAAGUCAGUAUCAGCUUUACGCCAUGGAGAACACGAGACAGACGAUCCUCAAUGAUUACAUCACCUCGCAGCAGAUGCAGGUGAACCUGCGCCCAGAUGUGGCCAGAGGGCUCUCUCCCAGAGAGCAGCAGCUGGGUCUCCCGUACCCCGCCACAAGAGGAAUUAUCGAUCUGACCAACAUGCCCCCGGCGAUUCUGGUGCCUCACCCUGGGGGGCCGAGCACACCACCCAUGGACAGAAUCACGUACAUUCCUGGGACGCAGAUCACCUUCCCGCCCAGGCCGUACAGCUCCGCGUCCCUGUCCCCAGGACACCCAGCACAUCUCGCUGCAGCUGCAAGUGCCGAAAGGGAGCGGGAGCGGGAGAAGGAGCGGGAGCGGGUCACUGUGGCUUCCUCAGACCUCUACCUUCGACCAGGCUCAGAACAGCCCGUGAGACCGGGGAGUCACGGGUACGUCCGUUCCCCGUCCCCAUCAGUCCGGACGCAGGAGCCCGUCCUGCAGCAGAGACCCAGCGUUUUCCAGGGAACCAACGGCACCAGUGUCAUCACGCCCCUGGAUCCGGCCGCGCAGCUGCGGGUCAUGCCACUCCCUGCCGGGGGCCCCUCCAUCAGCCAGGGCCUGCCCGCCUCCCGCUACAACACUGCCGCCGACGCCUUGGCUGCUCUUGUGGACGCCGCAGCCUCCGCCCCCCAGAUGGAUGUUUCCAAAUCAAAAGAGAGUAAGCACGACGUGGCCAGGGUGGAGGACGCUGUACGAAGCAGGUCGGUGGCCGUUAGUGAGCAGCAGCAGCUGGAGCAGAGGAGCCUGGAGGUGGAGAAGAGGGCUGCCCAGUGUCUGUACACGUCUUCAGCCUUCCCAAGCGGCAAGCCCCAGCCCCACUCGGCGGUAGUUUAUUCCGAGGCUGGGAAAGAUAAAGGGCCUCCUCCAAAGUCCAGAUACGAGGAGGAGCUGAGGACCCGGGGGAAGACCACCAUCACGGCAGCUAACUUCAUAGAUGUCAUCAUCACCCGGCAGAUUGCCUCGGACAAGGACGCGAGGGACCGUGGCUCACAGAGCUCAGACUCCUCCAGCAGCCUGUCUUCUCACCGCUACGAAGCACCCAGCGAUGCCAUUGAGGCCAUCAGCCCGGCCAGUUCCCCUGUGCCGCCCCCAGAGAAGCUGCAGGCCCACCCGCCCGCGGCGGUCAGGGCACCUCCGGCAGAAAGUGAGUCCCCCAGGCCAUACGAAGGACCUGUCCAUCACUACCGGCCACAGCAGGAGCCGCUCUCGCCCCAGCCGUCCCCCGCCCAGGCAGAGGGGCUGGGCCACGUGCCCAGGACCCACCGGCUCAUCACCCUUGCCGACCACAUCUGUCAAAUUAUCACACAGGAUUUUGCUAGAAAUCAAGUCUCUCAGCCUCCCCAGCAGCCCCCCACUUCUACAUUCCAGAACUCGCCAACUGCUUUAGUGCCCACGCCUGGGCGGACGAAAACGUGCACUCGCUACAGCCCGGAGCCCCAGUCUCCGUCUGUCCACCAUCAGAGAGCAGGCCCACGGGUCUCUCCGGAAGCUCUGAUGGACAAAUCCCGGGGAAGGCCUGGGAAGUCCCCAGAGAGGAGCCACGUCUCUGCAGAGCCCUACGAGCCUGUCUCGCCGCCCCAGGCCCCCGCAGCGCCCGAGAAGCAGGAUGUGCUGCUGCUGCCCCAGCGGGCAGCCGAGGCCGCCGAGCAGAGGAAUGAUUCCCGCUCACCAGCGAGUAUGAACUACCUGCCUGCCUUCUUCACCAAGCUUGAGAACACUUCACCCAUGGUUAAAUCAAAGAAGCAGGAGAUUUUUCGUAAGUUGAACUCCUCUGGUGGAGGUGACUCUGAUAUGGCAGCUGCUCAGCCUGGAACGGAGAUCUUUAACCUGCCGGCGGUCACCACCUCAGGCUCAGUUAGCUCUAGAGGUCAUUCUUUUGCUGACCCUGCCAGUAAUCUCGGGCUGGAAGACAUCAUCAGGAAGGCGCUCAUGGGAAGCUUCGAUGACAAAGUCGAGGAGCACGGGGUGGUGCUGGCCCAGCCCAUGGGGGUGCUGCCCGGGGCCAGCACCCCAGUCAUGUCCAGUGGGGAGGCCCGCAGAGAGGAAGGGAACCCCUCACCCACUCCAGGAGGAGGAGUGUGCAAACCAAAGCUUAUCAGCAAGUCAAACAGCAGGAAAUCGAAGUCUCCUAUCCCUGGGCAGAGCUACCUGGGGGCGGAGCGGCCAUCCUCCGUCUCCUCGGUGCACUCAGACGGGGACUUCCACAGGCAGACGCCCGGCUGGGCCUGGGAAGACCGGCCCUCCUCCACAGGCUCCACUCAGUUUCCCUACAACCCCCUGACCAUGCGGAUGCUCAGCAGCACACCACCAGCCCCGCUGGCCUGCGCCCCCUCCGCCGUGAGCCCGGCCGCCGCUCACCAGCAGAGCAGGAUCUGGGACCGCGAGCCCGCCCCGCUGCUUUCGGCGCAGUACGAGACACUGUCGGACAGCGAUGACUGACCUGGGUGCGGGGGAAGGGCUCUCUAGUUCUUGGUCUUAUUUCUAAUUGCAGGUCAAAAACUUGCACUCCUAUGACUUGUGCCCAGAGACUUUCCCGGAGAGCCAGGGCCACAGCUGAUGAAGAAAUGAUGGAGUUUUAUUUGGAGAGUCAAAUGGGGAAAGAAAAAAAAAAACUGCCUUUGAAGCAGGCAAUUCAGUGGAUUAUGGUAAUAGUGGAGAGUUGAAAUGCUGAAGAGAAAGCUGUAGAGUUUUAAAAAAGUGGACAAUUCCUGUUCCUACAUCUGUUUGUAAAGAAAACCAUAAUGUCUUUAAAUCAUUCAGCUGUAAAUAGAUGACCUUUUUGCAGUGUUUCCCCUUGCUGUAGUAUCUGGUGUACUUAAGUUCAAAUCAGCGCAUCAACUUUGGGGGUAAUUUUUAAAAAUCUUUUUGUCUAUCUUUUUAAUCCUUGCCUUCUAAACAACCUCAUACAGCCUAGUUAAAUAAUGUUGGCUGUCACGGGCAUUGUACUUUUAUCUGAUUUUGUUUCCUCUAAAUUCAAUUUCCCAGUGAUGUUUAAAAUCUUGUGAAAAUGUUUAGAUUUUUAACACAGACCCUGUCAAAAAAAUCUGUACAUUAACAUGUUAGGGUCAAAACGUAGGAGAAACAAAAUUCUGCCAUAUUGUAAACUUCCAGUGCAGGCUUUUUUUUUAAAUUAGUAGCACUGAAAAAAAUAUUACUGCAUGGGUAUGUUAUAGUUCCAUUUUUAAAGUUCUAAAAGCUUAUUUGAGGCAUACCUCACUGUUAUGCACACUGGUAACUUAACCAUGCCCCUCAGUAUUCUUUUUCUCCUGCAUCUGAUACAGCCCACAAAGCUUUUGUUUUGAAAUAAAUUUGACAACUACCCUG